CACGGUCCAAAAAUUUUCAUAGAUAAAUGUCUUUUGCAUUACCCGCUCGCCAAGUCACUUUUGGUCGCUCGAAUGUAUCGCUGCAGCAACAACAACUCUUUCAACAACAACAGCAACAACAGGCUCAGCAACGCCAGCAACAACAGCAGCAGGCUCAGCAGUCACAGCCAGCCGCCACCGGCUUAGCUUUACCCACAUCUAACCCCUACCUAUCACGUCCCGGAGGCGGUCUCGCGUUACCCGGUCCUUCACCCCUCUCGACUUCCUUCCAACCCCCUGCUCAAGCUCAAACUACUGUCCCACAGUCGAGUGCCAAACCGUCAACUUCCUCGACGUCGCCCCCUCCCGCGACCAACGCGGUUGCAGGUCCAUCUACCCCAACAGCCUCAGCUGCUACUCCUAAACCUCUCACCCUCGAACAACAGCAUAUCACCGCUGUCGAGGGGAUUGUCCCGACUCUACAAAACAUUGUCGCCACAGUGAACCUCGAUUGUCGGCUGGACCUGAAAACUAUUGCGUUGCACGCGCGUAAUGCCGAGUACAAUCCGAAGCGUUUUGCCGCCGUUAUCAUGCGUAUUCGUGACCCAAAGACUACAGCUCUAAUUUUUGCCUCGGGCAAAAUGGUGGUAACCGGUGCCAAAUCGGAGGACGACUCGCGACUGGCGUCGCGCAAGUACGCGCGUAUUGUGCAGAAACUCGGUUUCGACGCCAAGUUUUCCGAGUUCAAAAUUCAGAACAUUGUUGGCAGUUGUGAUGUCAAGUUUCCCAUUCGUUUGGAAGGUCUGGCCUACAGCCACGGACAGUUCAGUAGCUACGAGCCAGAGUUAUUCCCUGGUCUUAUCUACCGCAUGAUGAAACCAAAAGUCGUGCUACUCAUCUUUGUUUCGGGAAAGAUAGUCCUGACCGGCGCAAAGGUAAAGUCUACUCAUUUUGUCUUCAUGGCGCUCCUCUUGGUAUCAUGAAGCGCUCACGGCGCCCAUGCUCUACCACGCUUCACGAGUGGUAUACGUUUUUGAGCUCUGUACUGUCGUCUCUGUUUGGCGCUCAAGGCGUUUAGAGAUGAUGAGGUGCACUCGAUGUAUAUCACGUCGUGGGACAGUGGAUCUUGUCAUUCGUCAACAACAUCCGCUGAUACCUCUCCCACCACAACCAUUAGGUCAGAGAAGAGAUAUACACGGCAUUCAAUCAGAUAUACACCGUGUUAUGUGAAUUCCGAAAGCCGUGAUCGUAUCCUUCUUGACGUGGACUUCAGCUAGUCGAUCGUCGUCGGUGCAGCCUACCUCGCCGCCUUUGCUUUUUACCCUUAUCAUUAUUCUUUCUUCCCUUUCGAUACCUUACUAUGCUUCUCGGCGGGAUGGCGAGGUUGGACGCCGUGGCUGGCGAUGACGACCAUGACGAGACGACAUGCUCAGAUUUCAUAAAAUAACGUUUCAGGCAUUAAUGGUUACCCAACGACGUACUCUUUUGUCACUGUAUUAUCUCUUGUUUCUCUUUUCCUUUUCUCUUUGUCGUAUCAAGCAAUUACCAUCAUCCCCCCCACCUACGCAAGCAUUCCUACAUAUACAAACCGCUACACAGUUUCAUGCAUCUGUCUUUGUUUCUUUUUUUUUUGUUGGUACUACGGUGCCCAGAAAAUAUAGAACGAUUGAAUCCGAA